AUGUCACUCUAUGACGCCAAGAUGGAGACUCGUGAGGACGACCCCAAGAAGUAUACUCUCCAGGACCCCGACUUCCUCGCCCUCGAAGUCAAGUUCGCGCAGCUUGAGCUUUCCACCGUGAAGCGUGAUCUCGCCUCGAAGACGGAAGAGAUUGGCUCCAUCACUGCCCAGCUCACUGCCUCCAAGGCUGAGCUUGAGGUCUUCAAGAAGAAGGCUCUUGAGCAUAUCACGCCUGUCGCAGACGCCUCUGAGCUCGCCGCCGUGAAGGCUGAUCUCGCCGCUGUCAAGUCCGAGCUUGACACCCUCAAGAAGGAGAAGAAGGAGAUGGGCAUCAAGCACUCCCGUACAGUCUCCAAGAAGAACGGCGAGAUCGCCGCUCUGAAGAAGGGCCUCGCCGCCCAGCAGAUGAACCACCAAGCCGCCGUCUCGGCGCAAUUCGACGCCGCCCAGGCGUACCACCAGCUCGCCCAGUACCAGUCCGCCUGGGAACAGGCGCAACAGACCAACGCCGGCCUGGAGGCCAAGACCUCCUCCCUCCACAGCACCCUCGACCGGGCGAGCGAGGACCUCCGCACCGUGCGGCACGAGCUCUCCGCCGCCCAAGCGGACGCCACCGUCGCCGCCCAGGACCUCGCCUCUGAGAGGGCCGCUGGUGCUGAGCGCAAGCGCGAGCUUGCUGCCGCCCAGUUGGCCCUCGAAGAGGCGCGCUCCUCCCUCGCCGCCGCCGCCGACAAGACCUGUGGCGAUUGCGCCACCCUGGAGCGACAGCUCCGCCAUGCCCGUGCGGGGGCCGAUUCCGCACUCCAGCAGCUCGACGAGGUGCACUACAAGUGCAUGAGCACGUGGUCGGUGCUCCACGACAUCACCUGGGAUGUCGAGGCCAAGCUCUCGAUGCGCUCGGGGACGCCCGAGCUCAUCGACUCGUCGGGCAGCAAUGAGAGCGACGGCUCUGUGGAGAUUGUGGGUGGGGAUGGGGAGGCGCUGGUGUUUGAUAAGAACACCCCGCCUCACUUGCGGCGGGCUCGUGUGCUCGUACGUAAGUGA